AUUCCAAUAAGCAAAGUCCUCUGUUAAUGCUGGAACAAUUUAAUAUUUGACCAUGGAAAUAAAUACCAAUCCAAGCAUGGAAGGAUUUUAUAUGGAAGAAAACAAAGACAACAUAUAUGAAACUGUCCUUGGGGAGAUUAAGUACUUGGAACUACCUCUUGGAAUCACUUUAGGGUCUGUGUAUGAUGAUCAGCCAAAUGCACACCAAAAGUUUAUGGAAAAACUAGAUGCGUGUAUACGCAACCAUGACAGAGAGAUUGAAAAAAUGUGCAAUUUUCAUCAUCAAGGCUUUGUGGAUGCCAUUACAGAACUUCUUAAAGUUAGAGCUGAUGCAGAGAAGUUAAAGGUCCAAGUUACUGAUACCAACCGAAGGCUUCAAGACGCUGGGAAAGAGGUGAUAGCUCAAACAGAGGAGAUAAUCCAGUGUAGACUGCAGCAGAGGAAUAUUACGACAGUGGUUGAGAAGCUUCAGUUGUGCCUCCCAGUACUGGAAAUGUACAGCAAGCUAAAAGAGCAGAUGAAUGUAAAAAGAUAUUACUCUGCUUUAAAAACUAUGGAACAGCUUGAGAACAUAUGCUUUCCUCGAGUUAGUCAGUAUCGGUUUUGCCAAAUAAUGAUCGAAAACCUUCCGAAACUUCGUGAAGAAAUUAAAGAAAUUUCCAUGUCUGAUCUUAAGGACUUCCUAGAGAGUAUCCGGAAGCAUUCAGAUAAAAUCGGCGAAACAGCAAUGAAACAGGCACAGCAGCAGAAAACCUUUAAUGCUGCUCUACAGAAACAGAGCUAUGGGAGAAAUAUGUACAUAAAUAAUGACGGUGUUCCAGAAACAAGAAAUGAAAUGGUUUUAAAGCAAAACCUUGAAGAAGAAGAGGAACACGAAGCUGAGGUUCUGACAGCUCAUGAUCUAGUAGAUUUUUCUCCAGUGUACAGAUGCUUGCAUAUUUAUUCAGUUCUGGCUGAUGCAGAAACAUUUGAAAACUACUACAGAAAACAGAGAAGGAAACAAGCAAGACUAGUAUUACAGCCCCAGUCAAAUAUGCAUGAAACGGUAGAAGGCUACCGAAGAUACUUCAGUCAAAUUGUAGGCUUUUUUGUAGUGGAAGAUCACAUUUUACAUGUAACUCAAGGAUUGAUAACAAGAGCUUACACCGAUGAACUCUGGAACAUGGCGCUUUCAAAGAUCAUAGCUGUUCUUAGAACUCAUUCGUCCUAUUGCACUGAUCCUGAUCUGGUUUUGGAGCUGAAGAAUCUGAUUGUUGUGUUUGCCGAUACCUUGCAGGGUUAUGGUUUUCCUGUGAACAGGCUAUUUGAUCUCUUAUUUGAAAUAAGAGACCAGUAUAAUGAAACGCUACUUAAAAAAUGGGCUGUGCUAUUCAGGGAUAUUUUUGAAGCAGAUAAUUACAGCCCAAUACCUGUAUCAAAUGAGGAGGAGUACAAAAUAGUUAUCAGCAAAUUUCCCUUUCAGGAUCUAGAACUUGAUAAGCAGUGUUUUCCAAAGAAACUUCCAAUGUCUCAGUCAGUGCCUCAAAUUUAUAUCCAGGUUAAAGAAUUCAUUUAUGCAAGCCUUAAGUUUUCAGAAUCACUUCACCGCAGUUCAACAGAAAUAGAUGAUAUGCUUAGAAAGUCUACAAACUUGCUGCUGACUAGAACUUUAAGCAAUUGUUUACAAAACCUCAUCAAAAAACCUCACAUAGGUUUGACAGAGCUGGUACAAAUUAUCAUAAACACAACACAUUUGGAGCAAGCAUGUAAAUACCUUGAGGAUUUUAUAACAAAUAUUACAAAUAUUUCCCAAGAAACAGUUCACACAGCAAGACUUUACGGUCUUUCAACAUUUAAGGAUGCAAGACAUGCUGCGGAAGGGGAGAUUUAUACCAAGCUCAACCAGAAGAUUGAUGAGUUCAUUCAGCUUGCUGAUUAUGACUGGUCAAUGACUGAACCAGACGGGAGAGCCAGUGGCUAUUUAAUGGAUCUGAUUAACUUCUUGAGAAGCACCUUUCAGGUGUUUACUCACUUGCCUAAUAACAACAAUGACCAUGCAGCUAUGUCGGGGAAAGUGGCACAGACUGCUUGCAUGUCCGCUUGCCAGCAUCUUUCAACCUCCCUGAUGCAGAUGCUGCUGGAUAAUGAGUUAAAACAAAUAAGCAUGGGGGCGAUUCAGCAGUUUAAUUUAGAUGUCAUACAGUGUGAAUUGUUUGCAAGUUCUGAGCCAGUACCUGGAUUCCAAGGAGAAACCUUACAAUUAGCAUUCAUUGACCUCAGACAACUCCUGGAUCUCUUCAUGGUGUGGGACUGGUCGACCUACCUGGCGGACUACGGGCAGCCGGCCUCGAAGUACCUGCGCGUCAACCCCAGCACCGCCCUCGCUCUCCUCGAGAAAGUCCACAAAGGGAUGAAGGACUUGAGCAAGAAGAACAACAUCUUCGCCCAGUUCCGCAAGAACGACCGCGACAAGCAGAAGCUGAUCGAGACGGUGGUGAGGCAGCUGCGCGGCCUGGUGAACGGCAUGGCCCAGCAGCACCCCUGAGCCGCCCGCCGAAGGGGCCGCCCCACCACGAAGGCACUGCUCGCCCCUCGGCCGCUUCGCCAGUGCCGGCAAGACCCGGCCGGGCCGCAUCGCCGCUGGGGGAGCCUGGGGGGGCGGGGCGCAGAGGCGCCCAGGGGCCCGAGCCCGCCGCUGGCUUGUACAGACGCCUUCGGGCAACGCACCGAGGUUGAUUUUCGGGGGUGGGGGGGGGUGGGGUCCCCUGCUCCACUUCGAAAGGACUUGAAUAAGAUCGCGCCCCGCACCCCAUACGCCCCAGUUGCUGGUUUCUGCUUGACGUCCUCUUUUCUAAACCGGGUUCGAGCUCUUUUGCCCCUCCUGUAGGAUUUGUACGCGACUGGCCGUCGGGGGAUCUGAGAGGGUUUUCUAUGCCGGGUCUCUUCUUUUUGUAGGCGGUGGGUGGGAGGGGGGGCUGUUCCUUUUGUAGUGCCCCUGAAACUACCUGAACCCCGCACCGGCCUUGGUAUUGUCCGAACCACUGGAUUUUUCUAGACUCUUCUUCCCUUGCCCCCCACACCCUUGAUCUUCGUCCUCCUCCUCCUCCUCUGGGGCAGCAUCAGGGAUGAGAGGCCCAUGUGAUGUGUGAGUGUCCCGGUGGGUGUUAAUAGCGCGCUAGAUCCCUUCCUUUCCCUCAAUGCCGAUUUCUGUCCGGAGCAUCCUUUGCUGUCCUAAACACAAGCGAAUGUAUGAUAAGGAGAAACCAAAUGAACUUCGGGACUUGUAGAGAAGAAUGUACAUUUCUCCCCCCUCUUUGCUCUGUGUAUUAAGUUAUUUGACGGUCCCAAAUACAGUAAUAUAAACCCAGA